AUGCUGCGCGGCACAAACAGCGACACGGUGAUGGUCAUUCUGCUGACGCUUUUGGCAAUGGCAACCAAGCUGUACCGGAUCGGGCGUCGCGACAACGUGUCGUGGGAUGAAGCGCACUUUGGCAAGUUCGGCGCCUACUACCUGAACCGCACGUUCUACCACGACGUUCACCCGCCCUUGGCCAAGAUGCUGGUGGGGUAUUCCGAGCUGCUGGCGGGGCACAACGGCACGUUCAACUUCAAGGGCGGGCACACGUACCCGAGCUAUGUCAACUACACGUUUAUGCGGGUGUUCAACGCGAUGUUUGGGAUUGCACUGACGCCGAUGGCGUAUGUGACGUGCCGGCAGCUGCGGAUGCCUGUUGGGUUUGCGGCAAUGGCGGCGGUGUUUGUCACAUUCGACAAUGCGAUUUGCGUGAUGAGCCGGUUUAUUCUGCUGGAUGCGCCGCUGCUGGGAUUCACGGCGCUGGCGCUUUUGAGUCUGGUGCUGUUUUACCGGCAGCGCAGCCAGGCGUUUUCGGAGCUCUGGUGGCGGUACCUGUUCAUGACGGGCGUGGCGCUGGGCCUGGUCGCGAGCUCCAAAUGGGUGGGUCUGUUUGCGGUGGCGCUGGUCGGCCUGUAUACGAUCGAGGAGCUGUACGACAAGUUCUGUGACUUGCGGAUGCCCGUGCGCACGUACGCUAGGCACUGGGUAGCGCGGAUUGCCGGGCUCAUCGUGGUGCCGAUGCUCAUCUACAUGCUGUGUUUCAAGAUCCACUUUAUGGUUCUGAACCGGUACGACGGCUCGGCGAACUUUAUGCCGGUCGGAUUCCAGGUCAAGAUGCGCGGCAACCCGAUCUCGAUGCAGCCGUACGAGAUCAUCACGGGGUCGCAGAUCCGGCUGCAGUCGCACGAGUCCGGCACCGGGUACUUGCACUCGCAUUCGCACAUAUACCCGACCGGGUCGCAGCGGCAGCAGAUCACCGGAUACGGGUACCCGGAUGACAACAACAUGUGGGGCAUUAAGCGGAUGCGCGCGGCAGGCACGUUCAAGGUGGUCACGGAUGUCAAUGCAUCGGACCAGCCGAUCCCGGGCGCGAUCCAGGACGGCGACCUGGUGGUGAUGCACCACAAUGCAACCGACUCGCUGCUAUACACGGAUUUCCGGCACGCGGCGCCCGUGACCAACAAGUACCACGAGGUGAGCGCAAUAGCUGCCGACUCGCAGGAGGCCAAGAACCCGAACAUCCUGUGGGUGGUGGAGGUCGUCAGUGCGGAGAAGCGCAUGCGCGACGGGCUGAUCCACCCGCUGGGCACGGCGAUCCGGCUGCGCAACAUAGUCGAUGACUGCGUGCUGAUGGCGACCGGCGACCGGCUCGACAAGAACUGGGGGUGGAACCAGGCGGAGAUUGCCUGCGAUGUCAAGCCCGGCAGCAAGCACACGGCGCAGUACCUGUGGACCAUCGAGCAGCACAAGAACCCGGCGCUGGAGACGGUUGAUCUGGGCAAGCACAUGUCGUCGUCGUUCCUGACCGACUUUGCCCGGCUGAACAAGCAGAUGUGGCUGACCAACAACGCGCUGAUUCCCGACCACGACAAGCACAAUGUGCUGGAGAGCGACCCGGCGUCGUGGCCGUUCAUGUGGUACCCGAUGCGCAUGGUCGGAUGGGACGACCACGGGAUCAAGUACCUGGAGAUCGGCAACCCCUUGCUGUGGUGGGGCUCGGCAAUUAUGUGCCUGGCGUUCCCGCUCCAGAUGUUCUACUGGCUGAUGCGCUACCAGCGCCAGUGCCUGCAGUGGCGCGGGUCGGAGUUCCGCGACUACAUCGACGGCGCCAUGAUCCUGUGGGGCGGCUGGGCGCUGCACUACCUGCCGUUCUUCCUGAUGGGCCGCGUCACGUAUCUGCACCACUACCUGCCGGCGCUGUACUUUGGCAUCCUGUUCCUGGCGUACCAGAUCUACCACAUGUCGAUGUGGUACCUGCCGCAGCGCAGCGCCACUCGCGUGCUGUAUGUGUGCAUUGGCGUGGUGGGGCUUGUGUUCUGGUGGUUCUCGCCGCUGACCUACGGCUGGGACAAGCCGAUCAGGGAUCUCAGGGGCAUGCAGUGGGUGGACUCGUGGCCCGUGUACGAAGACAAGUUUGACCUUUAG